AUGUCGGAACGCAGUCAUAAACGCAAACGCAGUCUCCAGGACUCACCUGUUGACCUCUCCAAGAUGACAAUGGCUUUGAUUCGUCUGGAUGUCCUCAAGUCAGAGUUGGACGGGAUUCAGGAAACAGAGGAAGAAUUGGACAGUAUCACGAAGCAUGUCUCAGCGCUAGAGGACAUUCUAAGGGGUGCCAAGAAACCAAGACUGUCCUUUUCGACCGUCACAUCAGAAGACCUCCAGAGCGCCGGCAUCGUCAGGAAACGCCCUAUUUUUAAACCCGAAAAAGUAACUGAGUUGGCGAAGGGGCUGUCACCGGCCGCAGAGGAUGAACUCGUAGAUCUUCACUCACGAAUUAAGAAGAUAUAUGCAUGCGUGAACAUGGACAGGAGUGUUGCAAUUCUUCCGGAGUUGCGGAUUGCUCAAGGAAAAGGGGUACAAAUCACUCACCCCACUUCGGGAUACGAAUUGUGGCUGAGUGGCAAUGUCGACUACGCUGUGAUAGAGUACGAAGAGGACGAGGACAACAAAGAUCGCUUGCUUGCCCCCUGUGGAUCUAGAGACGAUGCAUUCGUUAUUUCAAAGGGUCGCCUCGUCCUUGUUGAAGCCAAAAGGCAAAGUUUCAAUCGUACUUUGAUUUCCUAUAUCCCUGAAGCUGUUAGUCAGGCAAUUGCAGUGCUGAAGUCUGCAAAAGAUGUCGUGGAGAGCUCUGACGUGCCGUUACGUGAGAUUAUGCAGCUCAUUUGUGAAUGGCUGAGGCCCAAUACGACUGGUCUGUUCGUGUUAAAGUAA